UUUGCAUAAUUUGAGAACAUGAUUAUAAUUUACAACGUCUCUACGUUAUGUCUCUGCAGUUUCGACUUCGACCCUCGAGAACGUCAUUCCUUCUGGGCGCUAGUUAUAGGAGGGACAUUCACAUUCUGCGCUUACUCAUUCGACCAGUCAGCUAUUCAAAGGAUCUGCGCUUUACCAACUAUAACUGGGGCAAGAAUCGCGUACAUAGGUAAUAUGAUUCUGGUUGGUGUCUACAUGACCUGUGUGUGCCUCAUGGGUAUACUGGCAUACAGCUUCUUCGCGGCCACAGAGUGUGACCCCUUCACGGUUGGCAUCCUCACCAACAGAAAUCAGCUGAUGCCUUUCGUUGUACUGGAAUUGUUUAAAGAUCUGCCAGGCAUGCCCGGUUUGUACCUGGCCACAAUAUUCAGCGCGGCAUUAAGCACCUUGUCGUCGGUCACUAAUGGUCUCGCUGCAAACACUGUUGAGGAUAUUCUGAAGCUGCCAUUUGAGCGGUUUAAAACCAAGGAGUCCGUGAGAUUGGUCGUUGCAAAGCUAGCAGUUUGGUUUUAUGGAGGGUUGUGUAUUGGUCUGGCAUUCCUGGCACGGACCCUACCUGGAACAUUGAUUCAGCUUACUCUCGGCUUCCUCGGAGCCUGUGGUGGGCCGGUACUGGGCGUCUUCUCACUGGGGGCGUUUGUACCGUGGACAAAUAAGAUCGGUGCCUUAUCAGGAAUGGUCGUCUCGCUCGUAGUGAACAUGGGGCUGGCUAUCGGAGCAGCGUUGUAUGGACGAAGACCUGUACCCCUUCCCCCAGCUCCCGGCGACUCCUGUGACGUCCUCUAUCCGCCAAACGUCAAUGGCGGAAACAUCAGCACAGCGUUGCCAGCCAUGCUAAAUGUGACAUCCACGACGGUGUCGUUCAGCAUCGUCACCGAGAACGACGACGGACAUCCAUUCUACGACAUCUCCUACCAAUACUACGGUCUUACAGGCUGGCUUGCUGCGUUCAUCGUUGGUUUGGUGAUCAGCCUCGUCACGUGUCGAUUGUAUCCUCCCACCACAGAUGAAAGGUUGCUGAUUCCAAUUGUGAGACGAAUUUGGAACGUCAAGAGACAUGAACAUUUUCAACACGGGGAGAAAGAGACACCCGUCACUCAGCAAGACAGAAACCAUUAUUCCUCUGCUUCCUUGCCACCAAAGCUAGGAAGAGAACCCGAUAGCAAGGCUGGCCAUGUAUGGCACAUUAGAUUAUGAUGAGGGUGUAAAUUGCAGAAUGGUGAGAGAAAGUAUAAACCCAUGCAUGAUGGUGGCCAAAAUGAGAGAAAAAACCCAAUGGUCUUAGCGAUGGUCAUGAAAAUGAUACACGGGUGUUUUGAACCUUCAUUUUGUAGUGUUUCGGCUGGUUUUAGCAUUGUUACAUGUUGAUAACGUUUGUAACUGUUUGGUCAAUAAAAUUAGUCUGUACUUUCUUUUUAACCGGCUAUUAGUUGGAAGCUAACAUAAACAUACGUUUAUACCAAAUAAAAACUAAUUCAUGUACAUGAAAUGUAUGCAACCAAACUCAAAGGCAUGUUGUGCAAGUCAACAACCGGUUAAAAUUAAACUGUUACGACCAUAUGUAAAUUAUAUUUUCGACAGAUACUGUCAUUCAAAGGGAAUGCCGCUAAAAGGGUUGAGUAACACAUUGUUUUUGGAAUACACCAACCAGGAAAACAAUGGGGAGUUAUGUAUAUAUGUAUAUGUGUUUUGGUUUGGUUUGUUUUUUAACGCCGCACUCAGCAAUAUUCCAGAUAUAUGACGGCGGUCUGUAAAUAAUCGAAUCUUGACCAGACA